AGGAAAGGAAGGUCUUCGUGCAAAAUCUGCGCUCGUUUCCUGCGAUCAAAUUAGCCGACUCAAUUCCUGCGAUCUCGAUGUGAUUCGUGCGACCCAAUUCUGCGAUCAAUCGCACACCCAACCAAUUCCUUCGCCUAGGCUCGCCCUUUCGGAGUCGCGCUGAUUUCGCCUCUCAACCAUGAGAAUCGAGUCAGCAGCGCAUUCUCGCGAAUUCACGCUCAUGAAAAAGGCAAACCGAUCGAUUCUGGGUCACGUCGCAGCGAUCGCUUGCGGAAUUUCAGGCGCAUCAUCAGGGUUUACUUUGAGAAUAUUAAGGCUGCUAAGGUAACAAUGAUUGGCGGUCAUUGAUUUGAAUAACACUUCUGAGAAAAAAAACGAGUUGAAGAUUUUUCUCUGCAAAAGUUCUUUGUAGUACUUGAUAAAACAUCAAACGAAGGUGGUGAUAGUUUAAUUAUCAAUAAUCUGGAAACGACAUGCGAGGGGCGUCCAUAUUUCGCCAGUUGGCUGUUAAGGCCUACAAAGGGAGUUCUCUACCAUUACCCGAGACGACCUCACCAAUAUGCUUCGAAGGCAGCGACUGUAAGGUUAGGAAUGAACUACAGUCACUGUAUGUCAGUGCUGAACAAAUGGAGUCACCACCGACGAUGGAUAUGAAGAAAGGGGUGAGAAUUAGGUUGAGUUUUGACGAUCCAGAUAUACUUACUCCACAGCAAGUUGAUCAAGGAUUGUCCAAAUGCUGGAUCCUUUUGCACAAUUACAUACUUACGAUAGGUCAACUUGCUGCUCAUGUAGUUGCGAAAUUCGAUCUCCAGCAUUCUUGUCGUGAAGGUCUUUCCUUUCAGGUAUUAGCCUUGAUGCAUGUAUUCUCCAACAAUAUUGUAGGUUCAAGUCAUAUUAUCAUACAACUCUUUCUGUCCUAAUAUAGCUGGUAUUCUUAUUGAAAUGAUGACAGACUGCCAGGAGGGUGGGUGUUUGUGUUCAAAUUUUAAUUCCAUUUGGGAAACACGUAUAAGUUUAAUGGCAGGGGUGUGUGUAGUAUCUUGGCUUACUUCACGUUGCUAGUCUAUGGUGCACUCGAAUGAUAACCUAACGGAAUUUAUUGAGGAUUGAAUCUCCAGCCUUUAGUGGGUGUGACGACUCUUCAUAUGCUCUUGAACAGCUCUCUGCAAAACUGUUAUUUUAAAAAAUUCUUCUAUUCAGCCGCGAUUGUUUUUAUCAUUUGAAAAACCAGAUGGAUGGUUUUGCUUUACCCCCAACUGAGUUAGCAAGUCUUCUUCGAAAUUCUGAUAUUGUCAGUGUAAAGAAACAGUAGAGAGGUGAUUCUCUUCUAACAGCUCCAUCAACAAUACUGAAGUCAAGAGAAAUCUUUCCCGAGAGGCUGAAAGCAAGCAACACGAAAAAUAGUGGCAGCAGCUUGCGGACUUAUGCGCAAGGAGUCCUUGACCCUCGUUUUGCAUCUGAUUUCACUCACGUUCCAAGCAAAGGACCUCUUGCUCCCGUCCAACAACCUUCGCCUUCAACUUCUCAAAUGUUGCAGUGUGCGCAGCCCCUUUCAGCGCCGCAGCUCCCACUAGCACCGUGCCCUCCAACUCCUACUCAAUCUGAUGGUUUGGAGGUGCAAGGUCCUGAAAAUGAGAUGCAAGCACUACAAAGUGAAGAAGACAAGGAGGAUGGAACCGAGUCAUCCAUACUGACAGUUCCAGCAGCGGACGUUCAUGCAAGAGAUCACAAAAUCCUUGAAGUGGAUGAUGUUAUUGAGAAGAACAUAGUUACUGAAAAGGACGACACUGAGGAGAAGAAUGCUAAAGAUACUGAUGAGCCUUCUGCCGAAAAAUUGCGAAGUAUCGUGAUCACCGGUUCAUUGCCAGACAAAAGAAGGCUUACAACUGUUUUUGAGCCCAGUGUACAGCAAUACAAGCGCACAAGAAUAAUUUGUCCUCACGAUAUGAAAAGUGUUGCGGCUUCAAGAGCUGCGUUGAUUGGAGCAGCUUGGCCCAAGUCGCCUUCGAAAUACAGUUUACAGUCUGAAACAAAAGAAGGAUGUGAAAAAAACUAUCCUGAAAUGUGGGCAAGGAAGGCUUUUGAUGCAUGGAGGACUGCAAAUGGUCACCCAACAGAUCUUUCAAUUGAGGAUUUGUCAGAACAACGCGAUGUAAGGACGCUUGUUGAUAUGUUGUGUGAGUUCAUAUCACAACUCACAAAACAGAAUGGGCAGUCGUAUCCACCAGCCAGUAUCCAAGCAAUGCUGCGAGCCAUAGGUCGCAUCAUUAGAGCCCGCGAAGAGCAAAGAACAGUUGAGACUGGAAUUGCCAAAGUUCCGUUCAGCAUUUAUCGUGAUCCGCGGUUUCUUAAAGUUAAAUGGGCGGUUGAGGAUGCCGUAGCCAAGUCAGCAGCAAUUGAAUCAGCAAAAGAAGUCAUAGCUCUGGAGGUUCACCCACCUAUGAACGAAGGCGAGAUGUUGAAUCAAUGCAAGUUCUCCAAUACUCAUCCAGAAGGAUGUAGCAGGCGGUUUGCCUACUUUUGUUUACGAGACUUUUAUGUUAAAGGGCGAAGUGAACUUCGAGAACUAUCUGACGUUGAUUUUGAACUCUUCACGGACGAACAUGGCGAGUGCCUAAGGUACACGCGAGGGAUGGGGGCGAACUGGAAGCACAAUAUCGAUAAUCAACCCCGUCACUCCAUAAGAUGCUACAUCUCCGAUGUCUUGGAGGCCUACCAUACUCUUAUGGCACAUCGACCAGUUUGGUUGGACACUGAGCCGCCGCCUCACCCUAUUUUUUUGAAGAGCCUGCCCAAGUGGAGCGAUCAAGUUGUCUGGUACGCAAAAGCGCCUGUGGGUAAGAACAAGUUCAGCAUGUGGAAUCAAGAUGUCAUUGCUUCCUUAGGUGGGCUUCCGGACAGAGCUACUUCAAAGUUUGAUUAUGCAAAGUUCGAUUACAUGGUUGAAGCCACCAGGGUGGAGAAUGCGUAAAUAAGAUCCUAUGUACAAUAGAUCCUGCAACGAUGAAGAGACACUCGGUUGCCUUUUCCUAUCCCCCCCCUUUUUGUUCCCUUGUCAAAGUGCUAUGCUUGGCAUCCACUCUGAUGCUAACUUGAGAGAACGUCGGUCUAAGCUUCCCCUGUACAUUAUGUUCCAUUUUUAAGCUGGUGAUGUCAUGUACAGUCGCUGUAGUAACAAUUCUGCUCAUUUUGUAUGAUAGAUUAUGUCCAUAUUCUGGGGUUUCGUUGGAGCCGCCUGCAUAAUAUGCCCUUGACACGGGCAAGGUGGUACAUAUUAGUGAAACUCGUUUUGUGCGCACACAAGAUUUCCCACGCCUUUCUGCUUUUGAAAAUUAUCAUGUAUUUUGUUUUUGUUUUUGUUUUUUUCGGGUUUAAUCAUGUAAUCCAGAACAGUUAUGUGUU